AAGCCACCACAACAGCCAGCGCGACCAUCACACGCACAUCAACAGACACGCACCGCGCACGUCACCCCACCCUCGGCGCCUCCGCAAUCACCGGGAUACACUCCAACGACAGCGCCACAGCUGAAGCCGCGAUCGCAGAUAGAAGCCAUGCCGCCGUUCUCUUCUAGUCCGCUCGUACCGCCACGGAACGUUUACGACAGUGCCGUACGCCACCCCGUGUUCUUCACAGAGCAACUACGAAAAGCGCCGUUCCCUAUACCAACUGCUGCAACGCAUGGCUGGAACCCAGUUGCGAGCGGGUACAUUUUCGAACAGCGGAAGGCAGAAGCGAACGGGAUACCCAAAACGAAGUUAUGA